AAUCAGACAUAUAAAUACGAAGGGGAAGUGUGCGUACCCUUUUCUCUCUCUCUCUCUUCCUCUCAACUUUUCGAUUUUGAUUUUAUUGGGUAGUUUGUUUGACGGGCGGACAGAUAUGGACGGCGGGGUUCAGCCAGCGGACACCGUGAUGUCGGAUGCGGAGGCGCCGCCUCCGGCUCCGCAGCAACAUCAGCAGCCAUCUGCGCAGCCUCCGAUCGAUCACAUACCGGCGACGCUCAGUCACGGAGGCCGCUUCAUCCAGUACAACAUAUUUGGGAACGUCUUCGAGGUCACCUCUAAGUACAAACCCCCAAUUAUGCCCAUCGGAAAAGGCGCAUACGGAAUCGUUUGUUCGGCUUUGAACUCGGAGACGAACGAGCAUGUGGCGUUGAAGAAAAUAGCGAAUGCUUUUGAUAAUAGAAUUGAUGCGAAGCGGACACUGCGUGAGAUCAAGCUUCUUCGGCACAUGGAUCACGAAAACGUUGUUGCAAUUAGAGAUAUCAUUCCACCACCUAGAAGGGAUGCAUUUAAUGAUGUUUAUAUUGCAUAUGAACUUAUGGACACAGACCUCCACCAGAUCAUUCGUUCUAAUCAAGCAUUGUCUGAGGAGCAUUGCCAGUAUUUCUUGUAUCAGAUUCUGCGGGGGUUGAAGUAUAUACACUCAGCGAAUGUUCUACACAGGGACUUAAAACCCAGCAAUCUUCUCCUGAAUGCAAAUUGCGAUCUAAAGAUAUGUGAUUUUGGAUUAGCUCGUGUGACUUCUGAAACUGACUUUAUGACAGAGUAUGUUGUUACAAGGUGGUACCGGGCGCCAGAGCUAUUGUUAAACUCAUCUGAUUAUACUGCAGCUAUUGAUGUUUGGUCAGUCGGUUGUAUUUUCAUGGAAUUGAUGGAUCGGAAGCCACUGUUUCCUGGUAGAGAUCAUGUUCACCAGUUGCGCCUUUUGAUAGAGCUGAUCGGCACCCCAUCUGAGGCUGAGUUGGAGUUCCUGAAUGAAAAUGCAAAAAGAUACAUCAGGCAGCUCCCACCUUAUCCCCGGCAAUCAUUUUCUGAGAAGUUUCCCCAGGUGCAUCCUCUUGCGAUCGACCUAGUCGAAAAAAUGCUGACAUUUGAUCCUAGGCGAAGAAUUACUGUUGAAGAUGCAUUGGCCCAUCCAUACUUGAACUCACUCCAUGACAUCAGCGAUGAGCCCAUUUGCUCCACUCCUUUUAGCUUUGACUUCGAGCAGCAUGCAUUGACGGAAGAACAGAUGAAGGAGUUGAUCUACAGGGAGUCUCUGGCAUUCAAUCCUGAGUAUCAGCUCAUGUGAAGAAAUGUUGUGCCUGCCCUGCCUGGCUUAGUAAACUAUUGUUUUGUUUGUGGUUGCAUUGCCUUGCCUUGCCUUGUCUGUACUGUACUCUACUGUGUUGUGACAUGUUAUAUUAUGUUGUAUGACAUCCGUCUCUUGUACAUAAGCCCAUCCGUACACAGACUGGGUGGUUGCUUUGUUUUGCUUUUGCCUUUUCAUUUGACGUUUGAUGAUGAAAAAUCAACCUUGAACUAGCCAUGGUCGUGUAGACUUAGUGUGAAUUUGGCAGAUGAUCAGUCUCUCUGUCUGUGAAAGUGAUUUUUAUGAUGAUGAUGAUUAUUAUGAUUA